UGCUGUCGCACAAACGUUUGUGAAGGUGGAGGCCACUUCAGGGGACCAUUAGGUCUCAGGGUCGUCUGAGAAGACCAAAGAAAAUAUCCUUUCAUUUUUUUGUAUUAUUUUAUUAUAUAAUUUGUGUUUUGGUCGACUUUGUUUUUAUAUCAGUUGGCACACGCGAUGGAUACAUUGGGCAUAUGAAGAGGAACGCUUAAAGCCAUAUGGGAAAACGUUAGUUUCAAAAGAAUAAAUCGAGUUAAAUGGCACAAUGCCAUUGCCGGUGGCGACGGGUGAUCCUGUGCCUAUGCCUGUGCUGUGCUCCCUGUGUCCUGGUAGGGUCUCUCUGUGUGUAUAUCACCCUGGCUGUGUGUUAUGGUAUGACCACCAGUACAGGCCUGAGCAGCUCUGCCCCCAUCCUACAAAUUCUACCAGAGAGCUUCAUUGCACCAGGGCUUACCAGAAAUGACUACCUGGCCCCACACCCCACCAACUCCUUCUGGGACCCCAAGCCCCACGGAGGGGCCCUCUGGAACCGGCUCCAGCUACCCAUUGACCGCCAAUACAAUCCCAUCCUGAAGCCCAAAUCCAGCAAAGAGCACAAUGACCAUCUUGAUACCAAUAAUAAUAAUGCAAACUAUUUGCGGCUUUCCCUUCCCACCUUGAGUGCAGGGUUCUCUGAGAUCGGGAACUUGACAUCUCAAAUGGAUGAUUUUCAGGAGCUGCCCCUGCAGAUGCAGAUGUUUGUGUACUCCAUGCACUUCAGGGACUACCCUGUCCUCAUUGAGCCUGCUAAACUGUGUGGACGUGGGCUAAAGAAGGGGCAGGGCCCUCUCCUACUGCUGGCCAUCAAGACCCAGGGCCUGAACUUUGAGAACCGCCAGGCCAUCCGGCAGACAUGGGGCUGGGCGGGGUGGGUGGCAGGGGCGACGGGGAAAGGCGGGGUGGUGCGGAGGGUCUUCCUCCUGGGGAAGAACCAUGUAGAACCCCAUGUGGACAUCAGUGAGUUGCUGCAGCUGGAGAGCAGCCACUACGGGGACAUCCUCCAGUGGGACUUCCACGACUCCUUCUAUAACCUCACCCUGAAGGACGUACUGCUGUGGGACUGGCUCUCCACCCACUGCCCCAUGGCACGCUUCGUCUUUAAAGGGGACGACGACGUCCUGUUGCGGACCCCUGCUCUCUUAGACUACCUCCGGGAGCAGACGAUCCAGUCAGGGGGGCCCGGGUCAGAGGGUAUGAAGGGAUUCAUGGUAGGGGAUGUGAUACGAGCGGCUGUCCCCAACAGAGUCAACUCUACUAAGUACUUUAUUCCUGAUAGUUUCUAUAAGGGGCUGUACCCUCCGUACGGGGGUGGGGGAGGGGUGGUGUACUCAGGGGAGCUGGCCCUGCGGCUCAACCGUAUCUCCCGGAGAGUUCACCUGUACCCCAUUGAUGAUGUCUACGUGGGCAUGUGCCUCCACAGGCUUGGGGUCCACCCCAUCCACCACCCCGCCUUCCUCACCUUCGACUUCCCCAAGAAAGAGGGGGUAGAGCAGUGUGCGUACCACACUAUCUUACUGGUACACAAACGUAGCCCUGCUCAGGUGAUGAAGCUGUGGUCGGAGAUAAUUACGAACCAGACAGAGUGCAGCAACACCAUCCUAAGAAUGGAGAAGGAGAAAAAGAAUACACUUCUGAUAGAUCCAUUUAGUGUGAAAGACAACGAGGGACAGGAACUUCUGACGGAUCCAUGGGAUAGUUCUGGAAAUUCAGCUCUAUAGUGAGGUAAUCACUGACUGGUUUAAAACUGACAACGGAUGGUGAUGGUGAUGGAAUGCUACCACUCGAGAAUAGGGAAGAGCCUGCAGGACCUUCUGAAAGACCCUUGGGGUAUGCCAGAAACUUCCACUCCACACUGAGGUAAUCACUGACUGGUUUAAAACUGACAACGGAUGGUGAUGGUGAAGGAAUGCUACCACUUGAGAAUAGGGAAGAGCCUGCAGGACCUUCUGAAAGACCCUUGGGGUAUGCCAGAAACUUCCACUCCACACUGAGGUAACCACUGACUGGUUUAAAACUGACAACGGAUGGUGAUGGUGAAGGAAUGCUACCACUCGAGAAUAGGGAAGAGCCUGCAGGACCUUCUGAAAGACCCUUGGGGUAUGCCAGAAACUUCCACUCCACACUGAGGUAAUCACUGACUGGUUUAAAACUGACAACGGAUGGUGAUGGUGAAGGAAUGCUACCACUUGAGAAUAGGGAAGAGCCUGCAGGACCUUCUGAAAGACCCUUGGGGUAUGCCAGAAACUUCCACUCCACACUGAGGUAAUCACUGACUGGUUUAAAACUGACAACGGAUGGUGAUGGAGAAGGAAUGCUACCACUUGAGAAUAGGGAAGAGCCUGCAGGACCUUCUGAAAGACCCUUGGGGUAUGCCAGAAACUUCCACUCCACACUGAGGUAAUCACUGACUGGUUUAAAACUGACAACGGAUGGUGAUGGUGAAGGAAUGCUACCACUUGAGAAUAGGGAAGAGCCUGCAGGACCUUCUGAAAGACCCUUGGGGUAUGCCAGAAACUUCCACUCCACACUGAGGUAACCACUGACUGGUUUAAAACUGACAACGGAUGGUGAUGGUGAAGGAAUGCUACCACUCGAGAAUAGGGAAGAGCCUGCAGGACCUUCUGAAAGACCCUUGGGGUAUGCCAGAAACUUCCACUCCACACUGAGGUAAUCACUGACUGGUUUAAAACUGACAACGGAUGGUGAUGGUGAAGGAAUGCUACGACUUGAGAAUAGGGAAGAGCCUGCAGGACCUUCUGAAAGACCCUUGGGGUAUGCCAGAAACUUCCACUCCACACUGAGGUAAUCACUGACUGGUUUAAAACUGACAACGGAUGGUGAUGGUGAAGGAAUGCUACCACUUGAGAAUAGGGAAGAGCCUGCAGGACCUUCUGAAAGACCCUUGGGGUAUGCCAGAAACUUCCACUCCACACUGAGGUAAUCACUGACUAGUUGUUAUAAAACUGAAGGUGAUUGACUAUCGAGAAGAUAUGCUGCCAUUUUAGAAUGGGGAAGAUGCAGGGCCUUGUGGGAGAACAGGGUACACCUGGAAACUUCCUCUCAUAGUGAGGCAUUCAGACUGGCUUUCCUAUUAUAGAAAACAGACAUAUGGUGAUUGACUAUCGAGAAGGUGUGCUGCCACUUGACAAUGGCGAACAGUACCAAUUAUUACUGUAAACCCAACAAAUGUUUUUUUUUAAUUAAUAAACGAGGCUUUAAAACCGACUCAAAUGAUAGAUGGAGAAAGGUAUGCUACCAGCUGAGAAUGGCCCUGUAAUAAGGCCCCACAAUGUGAGAAAGGUGGACCUACGUUUGAGAGAAAUACUGAAUGUUGACGAAACAUUUGUUUGGAAGUAUUUAUUGAAGUAUAAACCAGAAUGACUUAAUUGGUACAGUCAUCUGUGAUGACUGUCACUGUGAAGGCCAUACAUGUGCAUUGCAUACAUAGCUCAACUGCCUCCUAUUGAACAGGUUUCGGUUCCUUGCUGUGGGCAUGAAUUCUCAUGCUCAGUUUCUGGGCUCGGAGGCUAGUUAUGAGAAAAAUAUAUAUUAAGGGCUUAAGUCAGAUUUAUGAGGUGCAACAAACAUUUUUAGAUAAAUCAAUUUUACUGAUUUAACCACUGCCAGUGCAUAAUUGCCAAUUUAUCUGAGGUUUGGGUAUUAGAAACAGGUUAAUGAGUAAAUAAAUGUGCAAAUAACCCUCUGACACUUUAAUGUUGUGCACUUUAAUGUUUUUCUGAACAUUAAACAAAACUUUAAUCUUU